UCUUUUCUAAUUUCUUUUCCCCUGGUUUUGUUGAUUUUCUCUGCCAUUAAUAGUCUUUUUUUCCUUACGUUCUUGAAAUGGCGUAGCUGGAGAAGGAGACGAAUCGAUCAUCUACUCGGCCGUUCUUUGGCAUCGUCGUUUUCGAUUUCCUUGAUUCGCCGGAGUAAUAGCCGUUUCCGGCCAUGAAAACUUCUCUCCGACGGUUGCGAGGGGUGCUUCACAAGCAUGAAUCUAAAGACCGGAGAGAUCCUCGAGCUCCGGUUCAGAAGGACGAGCUAGCCCAGGCUUCGCAGGACGUGCAAGACAUGAGAGAUUGCUAUGAUAGCUUGCUCUCUGCUGCGGCUGCUACUGCAAAUAGUGCAUAUGAAUUUUCUGAAUCUUUGCGAGAACUAGGUACUUGUCUUCUUGAGAAAACUGCUCUAAAUGAUGAUGAAGAAAGUGGUAGAGUGUUGCUUAUGCUGGGAAAAUUGCAGUUUGAACUGCAAAAGCUUGUUGAUAAAUAUCGGUCUCAUAUAUUCCAAACAAUCACAAUCCCCUCAGAGUCACUUCUUAAUGAACUACGCAUAGUUGAGGAAAUGAUGCGGCUUUGUGAUGAGAAAAGGAAUGUUUAUGAAGGGAUGCUUGCAAGACAGAGAGAGAAAGGAAGGUCAAAGGGUGGGAAAGGAGAAACUUUCUCGACGCAGCAACUACAAGAAGCUCAUGAUGAGUAUGAUAACGAGACAACUUUAUUUGUUUUCCGCUUAAAAUCCUUAAAACAAGGACAGACACGUAGCCUUUUGACUCAGGCAGCAAGGCACCAUGCAGCACAGUUAUGCUUCUUCAAGAAGGCUCUUAAUUCCCUUGAAGAAGUAGAGCCACAUGUACAGAUGGUAACCGAGUCGCAGCAUAUUGAUUACCAUUUCAGCGGAUUAGAAGAUGAUGAUGGGGAUGAUGACAUAGAAAACAAUGAGGAAGAUGGUUCUGAGGUGCAAGAUGAUGGAGAGUUGAGUUUUGAAUAUAGAGUGAAUGACAAGGACCAAGAUGCGGAUUCCUCAGCUGGUGUCUCCUCAGAGUUGGGUCAGUCAGACAUCACAUUUCCACGAAUUGCAGCUCAAGAUACUGCCCAGGAAAAUGAGGUAGGAAACUACAGGAAAUCUUAUUCUUAUAGGAGAGGGAGUCUAUCAGCACCGCUUUUUGCCGAGAACCGCACAACUCCUCCUUCAGAGAAACUGUUACGGAUGCGAUCGUCUCUGACACGGAAAUUCAACACUUAUGCACUGCCAACACCUGUGGAAACAACAAGAAGUCUGUCAUCUACUACAAUUCCAGGGAACAACAACAUGGCUUCAUCUAAUCCUGCAAAGUCAAUAACAAAAAAAGUUUGGUAUUCAUCCCCACUGGAAGCUCGUGGACCUGCAAAGGUUUCUUCUAGAUCAAUGGCAAUCUUGAAAGAACAAGUCCUGAGAGAGAGUAACAAGAACACAUCUUCUCGGUUGCCUCCGUCGUUAUCAGAAGGAGUAUUGUACUCUCGUCUCGGCACACUCAAGAGACGAUCCUUUUCUGGUCCACUGACAAGUAAACCAUUACCCAACAAGCAUCUCUCUGCAACACCUCACUUAUACUCAGGUCCAAUCCCACGGAAUCCAGUUUCUAAGUUACCAAAAGUGUCAUCAUCAUCCUCAACCGCUUCCCCUACUUUUGUCUCAACCCCAAAAAUAAGCGAGCUCCAUGAGCUUCCUAGACCACCACCAAGCAGCUCUAAUAAAUCCUCUAGGGCAUUUGGAUAUUCAGCUCCUUUGGUUUCGAGGAGCCAAUUGCUUAGUAAACCUCUUAUUUCAAAUUCAGCUUCUCCUCUCCCAAUACCACCUCCAAUCACUCGUAGCUUCUCUAUACCUACUAGCAACCUUAGAGCAGCAGAGUUAGAUAUGUCCAAGACGAGUCUGGGUACUAAUAAGUUAGGCACUGCCUCGCCUCCUUUAACCCCAAUGUCAUUAAUCCAUCCACCUCCAUCAGCUCUUCCCGAGCGUGCAGACCACCUAACGGUGUCCAAACAAGAGAGGAGGAAUUAAGGUGUAAGAUGUUUGUAGCUGCCUAAAAGCUUUAGGAGGAGGAAGGCAUUCCCUCUAGUUGCAGAUAUGUACAUAUCCUCCUGUUUUGUUUUGGGAAUGAUGCGAAAAAAAAGAGAGGCAAACAUUAAUAAAUAAUUGCCUAGGAAUUUUGGUUUUCUAUAAUCAUAUAUAAUGUUCAAAUUAUUGUCUGAACAUCUUCUUUCUGUACUUUCUUCAUAUAGAUUCAUAGACCUUUUUGAUGGUA